AUGAUAAGGAAUUGAAAAAAUAGUAUUUAUGUAUACAAUAAAAAGAAUAUAACCUUAAUAUCAGAAAUUAAUGAGAUAAGUAUUAAUUUAAUAAAAAAUUAUUUUAAUGCUUAUUAUUCAAAAACAAAAAAUUUUUUUAGAACUCGUUUAAUCUAUAAAAAAUAUUUAACUUCAAAACAUAGAAUUUUUUUUAGUGAUGCUCAAUUAAAACAUACUAAUGAUUUAGUAAAUAUUACUAUAUAUUUUUAUGACCCAAAAAUACGUUUAUAUUUAUCUGAAUUAAGAAAAAAAAAAUAUUUUAUUAAAAAAAAAAAUAAAUUAAAUUUAUUGAAAAUGAUAGGGAAAUAUUUUAUUUUAAAACAAAGAAGAAUAACAAAAAAUAUUUUAUUAAAUAAUUUUGAUAAAUGUAAUUUUAAAAAUCUAAAACUUUUUACAAAUUUAUAUUAUAAUUUAUUUUUAAAUAAAACUUUUAAGAUAGCUAAAUUAUACCUUUAUAUUUUACAAUUAAUAUAUAUUAAUAAAUCUAAAUUUAGAAACAAUUAUCUACAAGGUUUAGUUAAUAUUAUAAAAAAAUUAUAUAAAAAAAAUGUACAAUUUAAUUUUGUUAAUAUUAAAUAUUAUUUUUUUAAUAGUCAAAUUAUUACUCAACGUUUUGUUUUGGAUAUACAAAAAAAUAGAAAAUAUUUAAACAAAAGUUUAAAAAAAAUAAUAAAGAAUAUCCUUUAG